AUGAGUGCGGCCUUCCUCUUUGGCCGCUUCUGUGGGAGUCGAGUAGGUGGAAGUCCGCAACUGUUGGCCCGCUUUGCUACGCCCUUUCGAAGUCGCAUCAACCGGAUACCAUCAUGGCCUCCAGGGCAAUGGAGAAGAUCCCAGAAGAGGUUACCUGUUGGAAGAACCGUUCUUAUCGCGUCUCUGACCCCCGCGGCCUUCUUAGAGUUGGCAGAGAAUGGAGAUGGACAGGAGAAGACGGGUGAGAUGCAGAUGUUGGAAGUCUCACGCGAGGAAGUCCGGAAAAAUGUCUCAAAAGAUGCGCGGGGCUUGAAUAGACUCGCUCAAAGCCUCUUUGUUUUCUGGUACUACUACGUCUACGAUCCAAUUGCUACUGGUAUCCGGUUUGUCCAUCUUGCCAUCGUUUUCGUCCCUGUGAUCCUCACAGCACCCACUCUAUGGCUCGGGAGGCGGGCUCACAACGGCAAGGGUGAACGCACAGGGGCGAUAUGGUGGUAUGGAUUUUUAGUCAGGUCCAUGGAGCGAGCGGGACCAGCCUUCAUCAAGCUCGGACAAUGGGCCGCCUCACGCACUGAUAUUUUCCCCCCUGAAAUGUGCGCCAUAAUGUCUUCACUGCACUCCAAUGCUCCGGCGCAUUCAUUACGAGAUACAAAACGGACAAUAAGAAAUGCCUUUAAUGGCCUGCCGUUCGAAGAUAUCUUUGAGGAAUUCUACGAGGAACCCUUGGGUGUUGGAGCGAUCGCCCAAGUAUACAAGGCGAAGCUGAAGCCAAGUUUGGCUGUGACCGACGAUGAAGUGCUGACACUUGAGGAUAAAAGCUUUCGAGGCAAGGUCAGAAAGAAUGUCGAUGUCUUGGUGAAGAGCUCGCCGCGCCGGGUUCCAUCAUCCUAUGUGGCUGUCAAAGUACUGCAUCCGAGAGUUGAGCGGACAAUUCGACGGGAUUUGAGGAUUAUGUCCUUCUUCGCUUCUCUGAUCAAUGCUAUUCCCACCAUGCACUGGCUGUCCCUGCCGGAUGAAGUCCAUCAGUUUGGAGAGAUGAUGAAACUCCAAUUGGAUCUCAGAAUAGAGGCUUCGAACCUCGUGAUAUUCCGCGAGAACUUCAAAUCACGUAGCACGGCGUGGUUUCCUUACCCGUACUUGGAUUACACCACACGCGAAGUGCUCGUUGAGGAAUUCGCCCAGGGCAUCCCCCUGUCAACUUUCCUAGAAGCAGGUGGAGGGGUCUAUCAGGAGGAAAUCGCCAAUGAAGGGUUGGACGCAUUUCUUCAUAUGCUUCUGAUCGACAACUUUGUCCAUGCGGACCUGCACCCAGGAAACAUUAUGGUCCGAUUCUACCAGCCGAGUGAACUGGACUUGUCACUUCGCAAAAAGACUCGCGCCUUGGAUGCGCCAACCGCCGCAGAAGCUGACGUGACUGAGACGGUACUGGCCCGACUGCGGCCGCACGCCCAUAACCCAACAACGUGGAACGCAGCUCUCGCGCAGCUCAAUGCCGAGGGUUAUUGCCCCCAGCUCAUCUUCAUUGACACCGGUCUGGUCACUCAGCUUAACGAGGUUAAUCGGAAAAACUUUCUGGACCUCUUCCGAGCUGUUGCCGAGUUCGACGGGUAUAAGGCAGGGCAGCUCAUGGUUGAACGCUGCCGUCAGCCGGACCAAGUUAUCGAUCCCGAGGUUUUCGCGUUGAGAAUGCAACAUCUAGUCCUUGGCAUCAAAUCGCGAACUUUUGCCUUGGGCAACAUCAAAAUCGGAGACGUGCUGAGUGAAGUUCUUUCUAUGAUCCGGAGUCACCAUGUUCGGUUGGAAGGCGACUUUGUCAACGUGGUUAUUUCCAUUCUCCUUCUCGAGGGCAUCGGUCGAAGUUUGGAUCCUGAUCUGGAUCUCUUCAAGAGUGCUCUUCCGAUUCUGAGACAGCUAGGAUCCAGUGCCACUCUUCUCAGCUCCGUUCGCUCCGGCGAUACUUCCAUGCUUCGUGUCUGGGUUGGCCUUGAAGCGCGUGGUCUGCUCCAGGCCAGCAUCGAAAGUGUCGAGCAAUGUGUAAAAUAUGACAUGCUGUCACCCAAUAUAUAA